GAUCAGGAUCUUCCGGGUGCUAACAGACCUCCUCCCAUCUGGACCCUGGACCCAUCCCAUUCUAGCUGUAUCGAAGCACGGAUCUCACUUCAAAUCAGCAGCUCCCAUGCUGAAGUGCUCUAGCCUGAAUGAAUCACAGACAUCUCUUGAAUUUUGCUGAUAGAAGGAAUCUAGCUGGAGGGGAAUCAUUAAGAGCUCUGCUAGCCCAUAGAGUACGGUUGCUGUGAGAUGCUGUGAUUAACAUGCCGUGAAUCUUCCACAGUCCCAGCUGCAACAUGUCUACCACAAAAGCAGGUGAUACGGAUGAGGUUUUUGAUUUUAAUGAAGUGAUACCAGAGACUGAAAGACUUGAUAGCAGCUUGCAGAAGGCUCGAGCCCAACUCUCUGUUAAGGCAAGACGGCAGCGGCCAUCCAGAUCUCGACUACGUGACAGCAUAAGUUCCACAGAGGGAGAUGACAGCCUGGAAAGAAAGAUUGCAGAUAGUUAUGGAAGUCCACUGCACAGUAUGAGAUCUCCUUUACAUUCCUCCUUGCGGGGCUCCUCUCCAUCUUCAGAAUCUGCUAUCUCUUCAGCAUCUCCCUCACAGCGAGCCUCAUCCUUCUCGUUUGAUGUUAACAUUGUGAGGAGGACACUUGAAGAAGGGGAGCAGGCAUCAAUGGUGAUGACCCGGUACCAGACUCUGACUGAUGCUUCCUCCCAGGAAGCACUGGGCUCGACACCUACUAGUUCCCCUUCCAAAUCCUGCCACAGUUCUGACACCUCCCCAGUUCACAUGAGGAGAGAGAGAAGAACAGAGAAGCACAGUGAAGGCUCAGGGGAGAGCAGAGAAACAAGUCCGGCAGAACCAGCAAGUCCCACAGUAGGCCUGGACAGAAAAACAAGGCGGAAAUUUUUGGACCUUGGGGUACAGUUAAGAAGAGCCUCCUCCUCAAAAGGAAGGAAAGCAGAGAAGACAGCUAAUAGACUGUCUACUGGUAGCAGGGAGUCUUUUGAAAGUCCAGUCAGUAUCUUGGCCUCUGCCAAGUCUGCAGUGCCACAGUUUGUGCCUUUCACAUGGUUCAUGGACAGCAGCAAAGGAUCAACGUCCUCAAGUGGUACAAUGUCACCCACCUCCUCGUCAAGAGUGUCCUCCCAAGGACUGGUCCCGAGAAAGUCUGCUUCCCAGGAAUCCACACUGAGUGAAGACACCAGCCCACGAAGUGCAAGCCCCAGAAUUUUUAGUAGUUCGGCUGCUGAAUCAAGAGCUACACCUACCCACACUUUCUCUCUGUCCUCGGAUGAAUUUCUAGAUGAAGGACAGCCUUAUUGCCUUGUUUCUACCUGGACAACUCAGCAAGUCUGCCAGUGGCUAACUGAGUUGAACAUGGACCAUUAUGUAUCAGACUUCACCGCUGGCAAUGUUAAUGGUGAACAAUUAUUGCACUUGGAUGGAAGCAAGCUGAAGGCUUUGGGAGUUAUCAACUCACAGGAUCGAGCGACUAUCAAAAGGAAAAUUAAAGACAUGAACACAGCAGUUGAGAAAGAAAGAAAAGCUUUGGAGAAGCUGGAAAAAAAGAAAGAGAAGCAGAAGAGAAAGGAACAGGAACAAUUGCAGAAAAAGAGUUAAGCUGGGCAGAAUGACGAGGUGUAAACACACCUAAACAUUUGUUUCCAGUUCUUCAGAUUUUAAAACAUGAGCAACAAGAAGAAGUGCAAGGAGUCAAUGGAAUAAACAAGACAUUGUGUGGCAGAUCGGUUUGUGGGAUUUGUGAAUGUGAAGUGCAGCUGUACUUCACACUUGGACAGUUCAGGUCUGUACUGACAACCUGUAGCAUUAAAAACAAGUAAUAUUUCACUAGGCAGGCAGAAUUCUCCUUGGUGGAUUAUCACUGAAAAUUGUGCUGCGUUUCCUCAAUAAUGAACACAUCCUCGCUCAGAUACAAAUAAAAAACAUUCUGUCAGGAUAAUAUACAUUAAGAAAAACAGAAUUAGACUUACC